ACCUCUAAUCCCCCGUAGACGUUUGACUCUAACCCUAGUCGAGGAGCUCGUGAGCGUGCUUAUAAAAGGUUAAGCAGUAGGCCUCUGAAUGAGGGCGGGCGGCUGGAUAGGAGCUCCAAAUCACUAAGGUAAGUGUGUUAGCAAUGGCUGUGCCUCUGCUGAGCAAGAAGAUCGUGAAGAAGAGGGCCACGAAGUUCAAGAGGCCCUGGAGCGAUCGCAAGGUCUCCGUCAAGCCAAACUGGCGUAGGCCAAAAGGUAUUGAUUCUCGAGUCAGAAGGAAAUUCAAAGGAUGCACUUUGAUGCCCAAUAUUGGCUACGGUUCAGACAAGAAGACUCGUCACUAUCUUCCUAAUGGUUUCAAGAAGUUCGUAGUGCACAAUGUGAAAGAGCUUGAAAUUCUGAUGAUGCACAAUAGGAAUUAUUGUGCGGAGAUUGCACACAAUGUAUCCACGAGGAAGAGGAAAGAGAUCGUGGAGCGCGCUGCUCAACUUGAUGUUGUUGUUACCAACAAGCUUGCUAGGUUGCGCAGCCAGGAGGAUGAAUAAGAUUUCAUGCUUUAGGGAGUUUCUACAUUAUAUCUAGUAUUAAAACUUCGUUUGUCUUGCAACUCAGUGCUGCUGCUUAAUUAUUUUUCAUUGUUGACGUUGAACCUUAGUGUCCUGACUUUGUAUGGUCGUCUAAUCUGAAUUGUCUUCUACUCGAACCAUAUCCAAGGUUGACAUCUCCUCUGAGUUGGAUUUUAUUCAUUAUCCAAUUUAAAAGAACUUUGUUCAUUUUCUCC